AUGCUUCUGCACCCUGCUGACGCCAAGCUCUUAGUUGGGGGCCCAUUCCUUGGCUCUUGUGCGCUAUUCCUUAGCUCAAGAGAACCUCUACUGACCCAUCUAUUCUCUAGUCCGCCCGAAAUCCUGCCACUCACUGUUCGCGCUAAGGGGGUCUCUCUUUCGACAGCAACCAACUGGGCAUUCAACUUUCUUGUGGGAGAGAUUACUCCGUUCCUCCAGGAACAUAUUGAAUGGCGGCUGUAUCCGAUGCACGGAUUCUUCUGUGUGUGCAGUUUCAUCGUCGUCUACCCUGAGACAAGAGGCGUGCCUCUCGAGGAGAUGGAUGCAGUAUUCGGUGAAGUUGAGGAAGACGGCGUAACAGCCCUCAAACCGACCGACUCUUUUCAAGGAGAAGAUGGCCGUGUGACGUUUGUUGAUGUCGGGGUACCAAAGCCCAUUGCACACGCUCUACCGCAAGCGUUUCCUAACGUAGAGCACCCAACAAGCACCCAACAGCAGCUCAUUUCCGCUGUAUUAGGAGGGAAGGAUGUCUUCUUGCAGGAUCCUACUGGAACAGGAAAGUCGUUUGGUCUCGUUCUGGCACUUUUGAGCAAGGGCUGGACACAAAAGUCCGUCUUCCCUGAGCACGGACAAUGGAAGAGAACAGGACCACCCGCUAUUGGGACCCUGCUCAUCGUACCCCAUCGAGAUCUGGCGUACCAGUUUAUACACUGGAUAGAGCUGAUUCAUAGCGCCAUGCGUCGCCCGGAGGUCCUCGCGCAGACUGCACAGGUUAUCGUCCGUAAUAAGGAAAUACCGCUCGCGGAACAGCUCGCUCUCCUUCACGCACAUACGCCGCAUAUGGUCAUCGGCACGCCGCCGGCGCUGCUCGACGUGCUCGAGAAAGACCCACAGGUGCUCAUGCUGGACUCGCUGAAGACGGUCGUGGUGGACGAAGCGGACUAUGUGAUCGAAGGCACACCGAACAACACCAAUGCACGCGCGAGAAUAAAAGCGCUGCAGCAAAUAAAAAAACACCCAAGCCCUGCGAGGCAGAUCCUCGAUCAGAUAUGGAAAAUCAAGCGGAAGUUUGACUUUAUAAAAGGAGAAGAGCAGAUUUCGACAGGCAUUAUCAGGGGCGGCCCACAGAUCAUCGUGUCAAGCACUACUCUUCGCGCAGACUACAGGCGUUCACUUCUGAAGAGUGGAUGGUUCAACAAAGGGCCUCAUAGCUGGGCGAAGAUACCCGAGGUUGUUGACCAGAAGUCGAUCCCAGAGGAUGAUGACCGGUGUCGCAUCGGAGGUACGGCGAUACAGCAUCACGCACUGGUCGUUUCAGCAGACGGGAGCGCCGCCAACAUACAAAUGGCAACUGGCGAGAACAGGUCCGAGACCCAGCCAAGCGCCGACCAUCAAACGGACAUUGCACCUGACAGUGAAGCGGUGGGCUUAAUGGAAGGUGCGUGUCAGCGAGGUUUGAUGUACCAUGAAGAUGCUCACCUCGCGUCUCGUGUGGCAGAGAUGGCGCCGAAUCUUCCAUUCAACUCACAUGCGCUAGAAGUAAUCGCAGAAGCCUUUGCUCUGGACGUACCGAGUCUCGCGCUGCUUGUCUUGCCUGCAUCAGCGCCAUUGCUGGAGGUCGUUACCGCACUGCGUGGGUUUGGAGUAAACGCACAUGGACUCAACAUACACGCAUCCGAAACGCGCAACGCAUUCUUGAUGCAUAACUCUGCCGACCCACCGACGGACAGCCCUGUUCUGCUGGUCUCCACGCUCGCGUCGACACGUGGGAUUGAUUUACCCCAUCUUACACACGUCUUUAUUCUAGGCGUACCGGAGGACCGUCCGGUCGAUACUUAUGUGCAUGCCGCUGGGCGCGUUGGUCGGUUCGGACGGAGCGGAAAGGUUGUCAGCGUCUUGGAGGCUCGGCAUUUGACUGCGAUGAAAAGGGGAAAGCCAGGGUGGAAAGACGAACCCAAGAAGAUGCGCGAGGUUUUCAAGAUGAUGGGUGUCAGGCCGACGAAGCUGGACCAUUUCUCGUAA